UCUCGAUCACAAUGCAGGUCCUCUGGUGUCAUACGCCCUCAACAUUGUAGGAUGUCGUGUGGUGAUCAUGAUAGGUGGUGUUCUCCUAUCUUCAGGGAUAUUUCUCAUGGCGUUCGCACGACAUAUUGCCUUCAUUUGGGUUGGAUUCAGUUUGCUUGGAGGGAUUGGAGGGAGUGCUUUGUACACAGCAUCUACAGCUACCAUUCGACAGCACUACUCUGACCGCCACUACGCCCUAGCUAAUGGAGCUGCAAUAACUGGCAUCCCGAUGUCGGUGUUUGUGUUCUCCCCUGUAUUCCGGAUCCUUGCUUCUGCCUACGGAUGGAGAGGGGCUUUGUUAAUUGGCUCGGCCAUAUCGCUCAACACUGUCGUCAUUGGCGCACUGAUGAAACCCGAUGUCGUCAGAAAGCGAGGGCCCUUCGUCGGUGAUGAGGACAUCAAAGUAUGCAAAGUCAAUGACCGGGACGACGAUAAAGGUGAUGUUGGCAAAGGGACUAACAAGCUACUGCUUCGACCAUCCCCGUCUGACCAUCAAACUACUGCUACCGGUCUGGAGUCUCCAAAAUCAUAUGAUCAAGAAAGUUCUGCAGGUGUUGGCAAAGACUGCAAUGGAUCACUAAACAACCAAAGUUGUUAUCCACUAGUACCAGUGGGCAUUACAGUCCCAUGUGAUGAUCAAGAGCAACAUGGUGAUUCGGAUGAACAUAUCGACGAGAAUAAGGAGGAGAUUCAAAGUCUUGCGACUUUUAAUAUAGAUGGCGACAUCCAUUCUGGAGUCUCUAUCACGGAUGAAAAAGAACGUCUUCAAUCUACAUUUCUUGGAAUAGACCAUGUUUCUAACUGUAGUCCAUCUAGUGUGAAUGAUAUGCGAAAUGAUGACAAAUAUCAUAGCCUCGAGAGUGUAAGGGUUAUUAAAUCUACAUUUAGAAUAUCCAAUCUUUUCAAGUUUAGCGCCAAACCCUUAACGAGAACAACCAAAGUUUGUCAUGUGGCACUCCUUGUCGCCAUAUUUUUCCUGGCAGCUACCUACAUGGUUGGUUCCAUUUUCAUGGCCCCUGCUGGGACUCACGGAGGACUCUCUCCCAUGGAAGCAGCCACAAUUCUCUCCGUCUUCGGGGGUUCUCAGGCUGUUGGUCGUUUCUUCAGUGGCAUCCUUGUGACGAAGGGUUACGUGAAAUCCGCGCAUCUCUACAUAGUCGCGCAGAUAUUGAUGGUAUCAGCCUCUUUGGUCCUCGGACUUCUCAUGAGGGUUUACGUGGUCGCCAUCUUGGCAUCACUGGCGUUCGGAGUGUCUGCCGGGGCUAUCAUCUCACUCAACAUCGUAAUGCAGAGGGUGAUCGAUGACAGUGCGACGUCGAUCUCGUUAGGAUGGCUAGUAUUCGUCGAGGGUUUCGGUGGCCUCUUCGGCAAUGUUGCAUUAGGUUACUUGACUGGUAGCUUUGUGCUCAUGUUCGUUCUGGCUGCAGUCCUCACAUCACUGUCUGUUGCCCUCAGCGUUAUCAUCCUUAUACUCAAGAAGCGGGAAGCGGUGUCCAACAAAGCAAUUUAGAAUUUAACCCUAUCAUAUAAUACAACUAAACGCAUGUGCCAUUCAAAUUAUAACUUAUGUAAUGUUUUUGUGAAUUAAAACAAGUAUUGUGUUAUUGCCUAUAAUCGUCUUUAUCUGUAGCAAUCGUCACCCAUAUCAAACUAGAUUAUGCCUAUACUUCAAUUCUUCAUUAAUGAUUGUACGAAAGUAAUUCAGUCAUGAAGUGAUAGUGGUGGGUAUUUUAACUGACAGCUAAGAAAGCAAUACAAGCUUGUUAGUAAGCAACCAGAAGACCG